CCUCGCCGUCAUACGACCGGUCUGAGAGAUGGUGCAAUUCAUCCACCACAAUCCCCAGAACCGCACCUUGAGCGACGCGGACCGUCGGAUUGUGCGGAGGGUCUCCAACAAAGCGGCAGCAGCGACUCGGAAGGCCAAAGGAACAGCAUCCAAGACCAACGCCUUGCAACUACCGGACUUUCUGGUCGCUGAGACGAGCAAGGACGAGGCUGAGUCGGACUCUCGCGCACGGGAGACCCAAGAGCACGCAGAAACCGUCAUCCAGCCUCAGCGAGCCAGGCCUGCGCCAGAUGAUCAAGCCGUUGCGGCUCGCCGACGUUUAUCUCCCGUAGAGCGCUCUGUUAAACGGAACUACACUCCUUCUGUCGUGCCGCCGUUGUCUCUGUGGCCCAACACGGCCAAUUCUCCCGAGUAUGUGUCGUUGCUAAUGCAGCCGGGGCUAUCGCAAAAGCUGCUCCUCGAUGCUUCGAGUGUGGGCGUAAACUCGGAUCCACGACGGUGGGUGAAGAUAUGUCGUUUGACGACAAUCUUACAAUUUCUCCCCCGAAUGAUUGGCCACAGCAAGUGCCUCGAUUAUGCUAUCGACUGCCUUGCCGAACGGGUUCGCCAGUGCUGCGUCCAAAGCCCCGACAGGGAGCAGGCCCUAACUCAAUUGGAGAGGCGCUACGGCCGUGCCCUCCAAUGCCUGCAGAACGCCCUCAACUCCGCCAGGGACAUCGAUUGGACCGUGUGGUAUACGACACUAUUACUAACACUGUUCGAGCUGCUCGACAACUCGGGUCAUCACGCUUGGAUCUCGCACUCGCAGGGUGGCAAGCACAUCUUGUUUUCGAUAGGUCCUAACAACAUCAGGACAGAGUUCGAGAAGAUCCUCCUUGCAGCGCAAUGCCAGAUUAUGACGGUGGAAGCUACUUUCCUCAACCAAGACUGCUUCUUGAGCAGCCCGGCUUGGCAGCGGACUCUUCGAUCGACGAUAACCUAUGACAGCGUUCUACUAGAUCGUUCCGAGCCGGUUCUGACCAUGUGGAUGAUGACCACUCGUGCCCCUGGCUUGUUUAGGAGAUCGACAGAAGCCGUCCUCCAAUCCCACCCUCCAGAACAGAACGCAAGGAUAGCAGACGAACUGAGUGCUCUGAUUGAGGAAUACUCAAAAUGGCGAGAAAAAUGGGAAGCGAUCCUGAUUGGGAGUGGGAAUCUGGGCAACGACGGCAACCACAAUGGCGAGGUGGCUUUAACGGGGCCUGUGCCUACCAUCUAUCCCAUAUUUCUGGCGUUCUGGGCUCUGACCAACCGGUUUCUCGUUGCCGUGCAGCCGCAGCGAGCUCCAGUUGCGGAGGCGAAUGCAAUCAACGCAGCCCUGCGCAUCAUCGAGCUCGACCGGCUUCAGGAGACGGACUCGGUCACGGACCUUUGCAGGACCUUUUCGGCAAGCAUUGCUCGCGCGAUCAAGCUCACGACCUUGGAAUGGUCACUGCAGCAGGGCGUCCGUCGCACUUCUGAAACGAUCGAGCCUCGAAUAUUUUUGCGCUGGUGUGCCCUGCUGAGACGGCUGACAGAGUAAAUCCGCGCCGUACCACAGUCCAAGAAGCGAGCAUACAUCUGAGUAAUUUCGUUUCUCCCCAUAAAUGCAAAGGGAAUCAGGACCCCGGGUUUCAAAUGGAAUGCCCAAGCGUGUGGAUGUUGGUUCCGGAUACUUAGCAAACCAGGGAUAGUGGAGAGGAAGGUGUCGUCCAGGCUGAAUACAAAGGGUGUCGCGUUGCCAACAACUUCUUUAUCCUUGUAUACUUGAAGACUCUCAAGACUGA